AUGGAGAAUGAAAACUCAUCAGAUGUUAUCGAAUCAAUCAAUGAUGGUGACAAAAAUAUUGUAAAUGAAAUGGAUUUUGAAUCUAGUCAUUCCAUGAUAGAUAAUUCAACUAGUAGCGCAUCUUUAUUAUUUACUCAUGGUAGCAUCGAUUUUAAUAAUCGUGAUCAAGGGAUAGCCGCGAAUCUUGAUUACAUGAUGAAUCAGUCAUACCAACAAUCAUAUCAUCAAUCAACUGAAUCUUCAAGUUCAUCAUUUCAAUCUAGUACAACGAAACCUGGACUUUUAAGUCGAGUUGGAGCUUAUGUAUCAACUGCACUUCGUGGAACGGAAGAAACUCUAUCAUCUGAAAUAAUUAACGUUGUAUUUCACGUGUAUCUACCUCCUGAUAUUGAAAAUCAUUUCGAAAGUGCCAUCCCAUGCGUUAUAGGAAAUAUUGACGAACUAGGAAAAUGGGAAUUUCCUAUUGUAAAGCUUAAACAACGUUCUAAUAAGCAUACACAUGGAAAUUACUGUACAUAUUGGGUCUCGGAACCGGUUACGAUUCCGGUUUCGUAUUUUCAAACUGGUGAUGAAGUAAGAUAUCUUUAUGCUAUCUAUAUUCCUAAGAGACAGGAGAAGAAGAAAAAUAAAGACAGAGAUGAUAAGAUGAAUUUGGAUGAUUCAGGUGAACUUAGUGGAGAUAUGUAUCGUGAAUCCAUUGGAGGGAAUCAUCGUAUUUUGAGAAAUCAACUUAGUGAACAAAAUCAAUUUGAUAUUGUGAAUCAAAUAAAAAUUGCGGGUAGUGAACAUUGGACUAGAGUUGUUCAUGAUUUCGAAUUUUUGAACUUUAUCUGGCAAUCACUUACACCUACUAAUACUAGAAACAAACUAUUUGAAUACCUUACCAUCUUGGAACAAUUUCAGGAAUAUACGGCGAGUACAGCAAACCAACAAUUCAUUGUGGAUUGUUUGCAAUCUACUAAAGAUAAAGAAAAAAGAGUAUUUUUAUGUAUUCUUGUAGGCUACUAUAUUUAUUUACGUCAAACAAAUUUUAUAAGUGAUGUCAAUUUACAUUCUAACUUUCCUUCGUCGGAAUUACUUGAUUGUCUUGAUAAAUUUCUACCCGAAAAUUGGCUGCAAGAUACACCUGAAUUUAUUAUGAUUGCUUUUCAUGCAUUGAUUCGUAAUAAUAUGAAUCAAAACUCUAUUCAAUGGCUAAAGCGAAUGUUUGCACUUGCGCCUCUUGUGGAUCCAGAAUAUAAUUUUAUUAAUGCUAUUAUGGAAAGAAAAAAAAUAAGUUUACAAGAAUUGUUUGAGUAUUUUCCUAAAUAUGUUAUCCCAUAUGCUAAUAAGAUUGAAGAUCCACAAGUAUAUGCAAAAGUUGGUGCGUGGUUGAUUCGGUUAUGUAAAGAUAUGGAUCAAUUGUUUAAAGUGUGGGAAGAAGUAAUCGAUCAUACGAAAGAAAGAGACCGAUUACUUAAAAAACCGUUUCUUGCUCACGUUCAAUAUUUAAUUUCGGAUUUUACAAACGCAAAAUCUUUAAAAAAACAUUUUGAUAGGAUUCCUGAUCAUUUUAGGGAAAAAGUUGAUGUGGCAUUUCGUGAUAAAUCUUUUAAAUUAAUAAGCUCUCCAACUCACCCUUGGAGUAAACGUGACGCCGAGGAAAUGCUUGUAAUUCUAAAAUAUCCUGAAUUUAAUUGGGAUAAAUCUGAAUUACUUGGAGUACUUCAUGAAAUUUCUCAAUCAAAUCAGUGGAACAUAUUGACCAUGUUUUUAGAUUUGCUAAGUUAUUGGUUUCGAUUCGAACCACAAGAAAUGUCAUCGGAAAAGAUUCCUGUGAUUUGUGGCCAAUGGUAUCAGCAUAUAUUGGAUCAUACUAAUGAAAAUAAAGAUAAAUAUGUCUAUACCGUAUUUUCUUAUUUAUCUAAAAUAUAUCCAAAGAUUGAAGGACAUUUGAACAUUUUGUUCGUAUUGGUAGGUAUAGCUAUCGAUAGAGUUAAGCAAUGUCCAGAAGAUAGAAUUCUUAAUGCGAUUCGUCAAAUUGACUUUCAACAAGAUAUCAUUCAAUCAUUUUUACGAAUGGUUAAAGAUAUUUUAAGAUUCAGUGUCAAAAAUACAGAUGACACUUUAAUCAAGAAAAUUAGGCUGAUUUGUGAUUGCAAUUCGGAUGUUUUAAAUAUUCCUAAUUCUUCAUGCGAGGCUAUUUUACGUUUUAUAAUGGAUAGGCUGAAAAUUUUACAUCCAUUAGCGGACAUUUCUGAUUCAAACAUAACUUCCACUACUUUAACUCUCCUUCGUUCUUCCAAGUUCUGGAAUUUUAUAUUACAAGCAACUGGAAAGGUCUCUGAUUUGAAUGCGCACCCAUACAUUCGACAAAUUAAAAAUAUAAUAAAUGAAUUUAUUAAAAUUGUAAAAAGAAAUUCUAUUACGAUCCGAUCUUUACAACAGCUUCUCAAAUAUGAGGAUGAAACGUUAAUUCGAUUUUUUAAUUCAAAUAAUGUCAAUCAGGGAGAUAUUAAUAAACUUCGUACUCAAUGUGGAAAUUAUGAAGAAAAAUUAGCUCAAUUUCAUCAUUUUUAUACUCAAUUUUGUCCGGUUGAAAAAAUUAAAGGUGUUGAUAUUUAUCUUAAUGAUAUGGAACAAAGAUCAAAAUGUGACACUUUAACUCUUCAAGAAACUUUAGCAGAUAAUCAUUGGGAAUUUCAUAAACUUACUGAAAAUGCUGCAAGAUCAACUUAUAAAUUAGCGAAUCUUCAAACAUUCAGAAAUAUAUUUAACCAAAAGAUUAAUGGUGAUGAAGAAAUUAAGAUUGAAGACUUGGCACAAAAUAUUAUACCAUCACUUGUCAAAAUAUAUGAAGAAAAAACUAUAAAAUACAAAACUAAUGAUUGGGAAACCCUUCAUUGCGCAGAAGAAAAUACUUUUUGGAAUAAUGUUAAAGAUGUUAAAGCAGAACUUGAUUUAAUGAAUUUGAAAGCGAAUGAAAGGUUGAUAAAAACUUUAACUUAUGUAUCAAGAUAUCCUAUUUAUGUUGAAAGACUUCAACAAUUGAGUGAGGUGGUAGCAAUGUUUAAGGUAGCUCAUACGAAAGAAGAUUGGAUUGAAACGCAACUUAAACUCCUAAGUGAGAACUAUUUAUGGCUUGGAAAACUUAAUGACUUUUUUGAAUAUCAUGAUCGGUCCUUAGCGUCAGUUAAUGAAAAUUGUUGGGAAUUAAUUAAAUCAUUAUCACUUGCUGAUGAAUUUAUUCGAUUUCUUCAGUCUGUGGCUGAACAUGAUAUAACUAAUAUAAUUAAUGGUGUGGAUAAUCAAUCAGAUGAACGUCUUAUUCAAGAAGAUACAGUUUCUUCAUUAAUUCAAGUUAAAAAAUUUUUAUUACCACUUUUAAAGAACGUAGAAAUUUUGAAACCUAAGACAUUCUUGAAAAAACUUUGUGAGAUCACUGACAAAAAUCCAGUGUUGGGACAAAAAAUUACUUUAUGUAAUAGUAAUAGAAAAGCUCUAGAGAAUAUGUAUAAAAAUAUUAAUAAUAGAACUGAGGUUACUCAAGAAAGAAUUAUUAAUGCUGUAAAGAUUGGAACUUAUACAUUUAAACGAAUCAGUAACGAUGAUAAAUGUACUGCUACCUUGUCUUAUCCUAUCAAUUCUUUAUCAAUUAAUUCUGAUUCUACGGAUGAUAGAGAUGAACCUAAUGAAAAACCUUACACUUUAAAUGAUUUGCAAGACUUAAGAGGACGCGCUCUGUUAAUAGCUAAGCCUGGUGUAAUUAUAGAUAUGGGAGUUUCUGAAAAAGAGCAUGAGCAACAAGAAAGAGCUAAAAAAAUAAUGAAUGAAUUUGUAAUCCAAGUAGAUUUUGCACAGGAGAUCAUAAAUGUUGCCUCAAAAUUGAUUCAAAUAGGUCACUUUAAUUAUAGAGAUUUUAACAAAAGUGUUAAAGGAACUGAAAAUAUGCAGAAAUUGUUAAAUGAGCUAAAUAAACAUCUGAUUGAAUGUAUUGCCCGAUUACCACCACCACAACCACAAAUACCACAAAUACAAAUGGAUAUUAGUGACGAUGCUCAUGCUAGUAUUCAUGAUUAUUAUAAUGAUCUCUGUAGUAUAGGAUCUAAAUUGGCAGAUAUUUUUGAAAAUAUUCCCAAGCAGAUACGAGAAAUUAAAGACACGGGUGAACGUGUGAAAUCGGAUAUUGUUCAACCUGGAAAAUUAUUUGUGGCGGCAUGUAGUAAUAAAUCUCUUGUACCAAAUAUUAUAAUGUCAUUGUAUGCCAAUCAUAAAGCUUAUCCUCAGCCUUGGCAAAUAUUAAUAUGUACUUCUUCAACAACUAUGGAAGAACUUUCAAUUUUCACUAAACGAUGUUUCUUUGCAUCUGAUAACGGAUAUGAAGGUCAUUUAUUCUGCAUCGCUAAUUUAGAAUUAAUAGAUUUUGAAUUACAGUAUAAUCUUGUAAACAACAUUAGAUCAAUGAGUCGAAUGACAAAUAUUAAAGAUAAAUAUCUAUUGGCUCUUAUAUGUUGCAGAGAAUCCGAAGUUCAACAUCAUAUAUUGGAUCAAUUUUCUCAAGAUAUUCAUGCAACUAAUGGACUUGAUGUAGAUGCUAUGAAAGGGAUAUAUCAAGAGCUGUGUCCAGAUGUUAUGCGUAUAUCAUCAGAAUUAUCAGGCCAGGGUAAAACGGAGUGGAUUAAAAGUACUAGCUUUGAGAAAAUGAAACUUCCUCGUAGUUUUCUAAUCAGUGAUGGAGUUGACUUUGGAACACUUGUUAGGCGUUUAAAAGAGCACAAGAUUAGACCAAUUGAAAGUUUGCAUUUAAAUAUAGUUUCUACAGAUAAUCCUGGUGACGUUAACCUAUUCCUAUUUGAAUUGUUAACUUUAGGAAUGGUUUCUAAUUAUACAGAUAUAGUCUGUCUUCCUAAUACUCCUAUCUUCAUUGAAGUUGCAACAACUGUUGGACAAUAUUUACUUAAAUCUUUGCCAUUUGUUGAAUGUCUUUCCAGCGAACAUAUAACUUGGGAUAUUUCUAAUCUUAUUGUAUCUCAAGAAAUUGAUAAUCCAAUUCAAAUCGUUUGUCAUUAUUUAGAAGCGGAUGAAAAGACAACUAUUGAAGAAAAAGAUCUCUUGUUCAAUACCAGUGGCACUGAUGCCAUGCUGCCACUAUCUGAAAGUCGUUGUAGAGAACUUAUCAAAAAAUAUUUAUUUGAUGAUAAAGAUGAGUCUGAUAUUUCAUCAUAUAGAUUUGUAGAAAUUUUUGUUAAUGUUUUGGCAAAUCAAUUAAUUGGAUUAUCUUUAAGUUCCUACUUUCGAGUUGAUAAUUUAAAAUUGAUGACUAAAGAAAAAGACAUUAGAAAAACUUUAGUCAAUGCAUUACUUACUGCCUCCAAAGACUUUGCCACACGUUCAGUGAAGACAAAAGCGGCUCAAUUAGAAGCAGUAACACCUUCAAAUGAUGAUAGAUUGGGUACUAUCGUUCAAUGGAAAGAUUCAAAUCAUUUAUUAGUGUUUUUCUUAUCUCAAGCACCAGAUUCUAUUUGCUCUUUAUAUCGUGAUGUCAAACAAGUUCCAGAUAAUGUAAAAAAAUUAUUACAGAGUCAAUGUAUUAGUGGUGAUCCUAAAAACUUUAAAUUGGAAGAUUAUAAUACAAUGGACAUGAGUCUUUUGUUGGAUAAAGUGGAAAGUUUGGCAAGAAAGACUACAUAUGAAAUUAAAUAUCCUCGAUAUGCUUUGUCUGCGGAUAAUUUAAUUAAGAUGGCAUUAAUUUUAUUAAGAGCUCGUGCCAGUAUUCCGGUUGUCGUUUGUGGUGAAGCAGGAUGUGGAAAGACAAGUUUAAUCGGAUUUUUAGCCAGGGUAGUCGAAGUCGAAUUUCAUGUGUUGAACCUGCACGCAGGUAUUUCCGAAGAAAUAAUAAAAUCUUUCAUGACAGCGGUUCAGUGUGAAGCUGAAAUUAAAGAAACUUGGAUAUUUUUUGAUGAAAUUAACACUUGUAAUCACAUGGGUCUUCUUUCUGAGCUCGUGGCUCAUAGAAGAUGGUUAGGCAAAGAAGUCCACUAUAAUAUUCGCAUUUUUGCUGCUUGUAAUCCUUAUCGUAAACGUACUAAAAGCCAGAGUAAUGUGGGAUUGAAGGUGCAACAAAAGAUAAAAUAUGAGGAAAGAAAUGAAUUAGUUUAUCAAGUCAAGCCAUUGCCUGAUCAAAUUCUUGAUUAUGUUUGGGAUUAUGGAAUUCUUCAAGCUCUCGAGGAAGAAAAGUAUAUUCAAAUAAUGGUUUCUGAAUCAUUAGAGGAAUAUGAAGAUAAUAAAAUAUUUGCAAAAUUAUUGGCUGAAUCUCAACGAUAUAUUAGAAACAUCGAAGAGCCUUAUAGCGUUAGUCUAAGAGACGUAAAACGUGCAAUAACUCUAGUAAAAUUCUUUGCAGAAAAUCUUACAAAUCGCCCUCCAAUUCGAAGGAAAAAUUCACCUCCGUAUCCUAAUCCAGCAGAUGGAAUUAAGCUUUCGAUUAGAUGUUAUGUUUUGUCACUAGGUCUCUGUUAUCAGUGUAGAAUGUAUGAACAGUCCAUUAGACAAACGUAUAGAGAAAACAUGGCUAGAUUAUUACUUACUAAUGGAGUUCAAUUUGAUGAGGCUAAGUUUAGCACUAUAAUUAGACAAGAACAAGAGGAUUAUAUUAAUAGAAUGAUUUGUCCUCCGAAUACUGCACAUAAUGAAGCGCUUUUAGAAAAUGUUUUGGUGAUGAUAGUUUGUAUUUUAACAAAGAUUCCUGUAUUUAUUAUUGGUGCUCCUGGGUCUUCGAAAUCGUUAGCAAUAAGACUUGUGAGUCAGAAUCUAAAAGGUUCAGAUUCAAACGACAAAUACUUUCAGAAAUUACCGCAGGUUUAUCUAAUUCCUUAUCAAGGCUCAACAUCUUCAACAUCUGAUGGUAUCAUCAAAGUAUUUGAGAAAGCUGUUAAUUAUCAAAACACAAGUUCAAAAGAAUUUAAAAUCAUUAGUGUGGUGUUACUGGAUGAAGUUGGAUUGGCCGAAACAAGUCCAUUUAAUCCGUUGAAAGUUCUUCAUUCAUUACUUGAACCAAGCUAUCCUUCAGAUGGUCCUACCGUAGCUUUUAUUGGUAUAUCUAACUGGAGACUAGAUAAUAGUAAGAGCAGUAGAGCGCUAUUGGUUCAAAGGUUUGCAUGUCUUUUUUCUGUUUUAAAUAUUAGCGAUAAUUUAUUAAUGAUAUUAAAUAAAUAUAUCUGUUAG